AUGCAAAUUAAUCGCUCGGAGUUGCAGAAGGUGCGUGUUAAGUUAUCGAGGGAUGCCUUGACCAUACAGAAGGAGGGUGGAGGAAGCGGUUCGACGGGUUCAUCACAUGCUUAUCAGCCCGGGGUGAGCUAAUACUACUUCUUUUUAUUUUUUCUAUCAUUUAACUUGAGCUUCAGCUGAGAAUAUUUUUACUAGACGUUACAAGAUCAAGACGAUUUUAGUUGGGAUCAGGUUAAAUGUUCUGCCAUUUGAUUUCCCAGUAAGAAAUUAACGUUUUGAUCGAUUUUCCAUAUUGUUCAAUUUCCUUUAUGAUUGUUUACUAUUGACUUUUCGUUUCGUAUUCGUUUGUAUCGAACAAUUCAAAUUCAUUGAAUGAAUUCACUGAUUUCCCAGGGUGUUACAUCGCCUGUAUUCUCGCUGGAAACAGGGGCCAGUAAACAACAUUUCAAUUUUCUUUUUCUUUGAAGCCGGGUGGUCUCUGAUGAUAUACACCUGGAAGUGAAUUAGAGAUCACACAAACACUUCCAUUAAAAUGAUUUCCUUUGUCCGUCUUUGUCCUCUUUUAACAGAUUUGCAUAAUUCGGAUGUUAAAAAAUAAGUUAGCAAAUUUCUGUCAUUGGGGUAACAGAGAAUAUCACGAAAAGAAAAUGAGAUCAAAAAGUGAAAGUGUUUUCGGCAAGAAGACAUGCAAUGGUUUCAAUGAAAAGACGUCCUUUUUUAUUUUUUUUUUAUAGUUAUAAAUACUUAUUAAAUCAUUGAUGCAUUAAAGUAAAUCACGAUUUGAUUGCAAGGGCAAAUCAUGAAUUUCUAAGCAUUUGCAUAGAAUUUUAAUUUAUUCACCAAUCUCUUGAAAACGCGCGAUUUGUCUUUUCUUAUCAUCGAUGGACUUUACACAGACAGAGUAUAUAUUUACAUGUAUUUAUGUAUAGUCACGGAACGUCUAGUUCUUUGCCUUAAAAUUGCGUUUAGUUUAAAUGUUCCAGAAAAAACAAAUAAUUAAAAAGCAUUGUUCCUCAAUGACAAUAAAUUCAGUUUAAGUGAAAAUUAAUGAACUUGUUGUAUUUGAAAUAGUCUUGAAAGUUAAAAUACAAUCGUCUGAUAUUUUUUUUCUUUAUGUUAAUGUUCCCCUUGGAGCACAAAAUGUGCAGCCAGGCUCUAACAGACCAUUAACUAUCUUAGUUCAAAUCUCUAAGAGUGAUUAAAAAAAAUAAUAAUAAUAAAAAAAAAAUUGCCCACAGAUUUUUUUAUGAUGAGAUGAUAAUUUCUUUAUGGUUCUAUGGUUGAAUCUCUUGGCAUAAGCCAAAGAAUAUUCAAUUAUGUAUUCCUUGGCAGACAGUGGAAACUAAGAAUCUUGAAAACAGUAACCCAACAUUUUUAACGAGAAUGUUACAGCAGGUCAAAAUUAAGUUGAGAUUAAAGUUUUUUAAACCUCGGUUGAUUCUCUUUUUCCUUUGUCUCCUAGCCCUAAUUCAUGAAUAAUUAGGGCCAGGAGACAAAGGCCGAUUAGCGCUUAACCCAGGGUUAAAUUUAACCAGGGUUUCUUCUUCUUUUGUUCAAAAGCAUUUUCUCCAAUAAUUUUCUCUGUUAUUUCUAAGAGCAUACAAUCAUCAACUUGUUGACAGAAAGAAUCAAACUGAAUUAUUACUUUUUAAGCAUUCAAGUCUGAUUUCAAAUUUUGCAGAAACCCUGGGUUAUCUUAAGCCAGCUUUGAACAACCUGGCCCUGAAUGUAAUUUUGACCUGUAACGAGGAUGUGAGUUAAAUGCUACCGUCUGUCCUGGUAAAUUAUUUUUUGACGUUUUAAUGGGGCCUACAUGUAGUUGCUGCUGAGGAGUUCAAAUUGGUUGCAAGUGACACUUAUUUAAAAAAAAAAAUCAAUCUCAUAUUCAAUUUCUUUGAUUUUUUGGGUCACCUUUGCAUCUGUAAUUAAACGUUAAAACAUGUGACAGGUUAAUAAGUUGUAAGUGAAGAAGGAUGAAAAAUUGUAACAUACUUGGUACUCAAAUAGGAGCGAUAAAAUUAAAUUCUAAUGCCAAAAUGUUUCUGCAUAGCAUACAAGUGCAAAUAUUGACUGAUGUUAUUUUUAGAAUGCAAAUGGCAAAGCAGACUCACCAACAUGGAAAAAAUCUCCAUCUGGGGUAAGUGAAAAAUCUAAAAUCGAUUUUUAAGCAUUUUAAGCAAUUUGAUUGUGAGUGCUGGUGUGGCUGAAUCUGGGAGUGGGCAAUUAAAUUGUGUGUUCUGAUUGGCUGCCUCAUUUGGCAAGAUGGAUUCAGGUUACCUGAAUUAAAAAGAAAUGGUCACCAAAAAAGAGAAACUGUUUUGAUCGUCUAUCAGAUUCCGUAAUUACUACUUCUUAAAGCAAAUGUAUGAUAUUUAUAAAGGGAAUCCUUUGUCCUGAUUGGCUACCCGAGUGUCCUAUCUUUCCCCCCAUAAGAUUUCAUGCAUUUUUCCUGCAAGAUAAAGUUCUCUUUUGGGCGAUAUAAUAAAUCUUUUAUUGACUGACCUUUUUUGGUCAAGAUGGCUGGAUAUUGGCCUCUUUCAUGAUUUUUGUGUAUUUAUUAGUCUCGCUUGCUUUAGCAGCGAGACUCUUAAAAUGCAAGUGUUUCUUUCUUUUUGUGUGUGUGUGCACAUGCCAAAAGGGGGUCAUGGUCCCAGGCAUUCUUAGUAAAGGCCAUGGAAACUGGGGAUAAGAAUCGCAGCAUGAUGAAACCCAUGUAUAGAAUAGAAAGCUGUGAAAGAUGUUGAGCUUUUCUGGAAUGGGUUGGUCCAUGAGUUCUAUCACCUGAAAGCGCUGAUUACUUUGGAACACGUGAUUACUUCAGUGGUGGGGAAAAAGGAAAAAACCUUAAUGAGCAAAAGUUCAAUGUUUAGGUCAGGUGUUGUAAACUGUCGUUGUAUGCAAAUGAGUCUUGUGAUGAGUAUGCCACUAAUUUUUGGCGUGAUUGAAAUGACGCAUUAUGUUCAUCACAUUUCCUUGAUUUUUGUGUAUUUACGCACGCGUUCUGAUCAAUUCAGAAGCAAAUCGUCAAAUACAAUAUAAAAAGUAAAUAUCCUGAAGAGUACUCGACGGUUGAUAAAGUAGGAAGUGGAAAACUUUUAGCGAGGAAAUCCUGUUUCAUGUUGAAUAUAUCGCCUCCUGUCUGAGAGCGGUCUCUUAUUUCUUUUUGAGUCACGGCAGGUCAACAGCAUUAUUUUUACUUUUUUGCUCGCUGCGCAUGGCUCUGAGGAAAGAAGGACAACCGCUCACAGUCUAAUCGCCUCCUCAUUUCUUAUCCUAUUUCCAAGCAAGCGAGACUCAAUGCUAUUAAGAGUGCUCUUGUUGAACUGGACUUUGUCUUGGUCCAUAUAUAAAAAUGCAAAAAGGACUCAGAAGGCCAAUAUCCAGCUAUCUUGACCUCACACUUGGUCAAUAAUGCAACUGUUUCAUCUUUUAUUUCCAGAGCACAAAUGGGGAGACACCCUCUCCAACUCAGAGGAAACUCCCACCAACAGGGGUAGGUUUAAUACAAACAGUUCAUUGAUCUGGUCUUACAGUGAUCAUAUCAUUGUAGUUUCUUAGUCAUAUAACUGUCUUUUCAAUCCUUUCAUAGAAUUAGAAUUAUUCUAGUGACCAAAUUAAAAAUUCCUCUCCAUGGCUGUCACUAAGAUCUCAAGUUGGUGGGUAAAUAUAAGAUGAAGGUGGGGAAUCAAGAAGCUAGGGUUUUUUUUAGUUCUAUUUUUCGUCUGUUUUCCUAUGGUAGUAGCCGGAGAUCAAGUUCAUCACAGACAAAGGAAAUCAUCGACUCCCAGCCCUUAACUUAACGACAACCCUGCCUCUUGCUUGUACAGUGGAACCCACCCAAUGACCACCUCGGUAAUACGGCUACUUUUUUUUGGCGUAGCAUAAUGGCCAAACAUUUUCUUGUAAAAAACCCUCAUUAAUACUGUCACCCAUUAAUACAGCCAACGGCGACAUUUUCAAGAACCUUUUACAAUUUCACCCGGUUAAUUGAUACAUCCACUUGUCAUAAAUGUUGAAACUUAAAAGGCCUGUGGCAUGUCAAGUUCAUUGACCUAGUAAGCUGAGCUUGUUUUGGUACUGUUUUUUUGAGUACAGUCACUUAAGUCACUUACAUAAAAACAAUGUAUUUGUGUGCUUGCUUCUUUGAUAUUUUUUAUUGAUUUGUUGUUUUUAGGAAAGAAAAGUUACGGUGAUGAGGAGAAAAGUUGGAGGAUUGGGAAUGAGCAUAAAGGUAAUAAUAAUAAUAAUGACGACGACGAAAACUGUCAUCCCCUCACAUGCCUUCCUACAAACUAUAAGAUAUUAGAUUCCGUCAUCAUCAAGAGAGUGUAUGAAUAUCUUGAUGAAAAACAACAUGACAGCUACCCAUAGAACAAAGGCUUUAUUAUUACAGUAGAACCCUGGUAACACGAACUCUGAAGGGAAAUGAAACACAGUUUGAGUUAGCGGAGAAUUUGAGUUAUCGGGGUAAAUUUCAGUGAAAUUUUGAUGAAUGGAAAGGAAAUUUAGUUCGAGUUAGCAAAGAAUUCAAGUUAUCUGAGUCUAAGUUAUUAAGGUUCAACUGUAUGAUGAUGAUGAUGAUGAUGAUGAUGAUGAUGAUAACGAUGGUGAUGGUGAUAAUGACGAUGAUGAUGAUAAGGAUGAUGAUGAUGAUGAUGAAGAUGAUGAUGAUAACGAUGAUGAUGGUGAUGAUGAAGAUGAUGAUAACGAUGAUGAUGGUGAUGAUGACGAUGAUUAUUAUUAUCACCCUUACUUUAAUUUAGAUCAAAAAGUGCAAUUUUCUGUACACUAUUGUAAACCUGGACCACUGUCCUCAAGAGGCAAAAUAAUACAAAGAACAAACCAAUCUUAGUCUGUGGAAGGCUCAGACAGAACAAAACCAUUAACAGUAGUUAUGGUUACACCAUACCAGUCUAUAGCCAAACUAUCCCAUGAAAAGGGGUCAAAAGUCAUUCCACUGCAGGUACACACAUGCCUAUGUUACUUACAUAAGAGAUUUUUCUCCUUGGUAAAAAUUGUUGCAUGCAUCAUUAAUUUUGGGGGUAAAAUCGCACUUGCUCUAUUCUUCUUACAUUACUUUUUGCAAUCCUACAUAUGUUAUUUCUAAGCUUAAUGUUAACGUGAUAAAAAAAAUUGUUUUGUAGGGGGGUCGUGAAAGUAAUCUACCAAUAGCUAUUUCAAGAAUAUACAAGGACCAAGCAGGUACAGAAUUGAACUUGACUGUAAAAAUAAUAUAGAAUAUGAUCACUUAAUUGUGUAAAUUAUAGUUAAACAUGAAAAUUUAUUAACUUCCCUCUGCCCACCCUUCCUCAAUGGCCAUUUUUUAUUCUCCCAGCAGGCAGUUCAUACAGGCAAUUAAGGCCAUUUGCACUACAAGGUCAUAUGAUAUCAUUUUUAUGAAAAUGAAAGUUGUUAUACUUAUAUGAUUUUGCCUUCAAAAAACCAUUAGUGGGUCAUAUUUUAAACAAAAUAAUAGUGAUUUAGUUUUUCAAACCCACAACAUUUUCUUAAAAUGAGUAAGUUCUAUCUGGUCACGUGACCAAAAUGUGAUUUUUAAAACUAUGAAUUAUCUCUUUCUGAACAGAAAUUUUGCACUUAAACUUCAAGGAAAUUGUUGUAAAGAUGAUUUAGUAACAUUUUCAGCACAUCUGAGCAUAACUAUCAAACGUUUAACAAGACAGAAGCAAAAAGUAGUUUUGGCUGCCAUGUUGGAGGGCAGGGGUAUGCUCUCCAACAUGGCAGCCAAUACAAAUCAUACUACUUAGUUGAAAAAUCAAAGUGCCAUAAAAUAUCUCCCUUAAUUGCGUUUCCUCUCAAAUUUCUGGUGUAAGAUAAUUUCUGUUCGCUCUAUCAAUUUUUGGCAUCAGCAGGAUUCCAACUCAUUGUUUAAAGGAAGCAUUGGUGAUGUGAACUCUUAGCGCGAGUAGCCUAUUGCCCAGGGGAGCCCCGAGGUUCCCACGAACCCCCUUUUUUGAGAGGCAUUCCUUUCCUUUUCCCACAAAAUGUUAGGAUGUGGAACAAAGUCUGUGCUAUAAUCCUAAAAUUAACUGUCUUUGAAUGAUGAAUGAUGAUACUUUAAUGCUUUAUUGCCACUACAAUGUAUUAUUAAGUAAAGGAAAUGUAUGGUACAACAGAUUAAGGAAAAAAUAAUAUUUUGAUGUUAGGGUAUAAAGGGUUAAAGAUUCAGGUGUGUUUUGUUAGUAAUUUCCUUGAAACUUGUUUACUUGUGAGCAUUCUUCCUAUUUAUAUUGUUCUAUUCAUUCUGAUCCUUUUCUUUGGUCUUUUUUUUUUUAAGCUUAUGAAACAGGCCAACUUCAUGAGGGCGAUAUUAUACUUGAGGUAAGGAGUUUUUUAGCACUUUGUUAAUGACUGGUCCACCUUGGUUGUGUUAAUUAGAUUUUCCCAACUAGGGGACGUUUGGAGGGGACCUGUGUGAUGUUAAGUUUGGAGUCCGUGGUGAAAAUGACGGCUUGUCAACAGACUCUGUCUGGCCUGAUUUGCAACUUGACCGGCCCAAAAACUUUACUCACUGGUCAAGUUGACCGGUCACAAUAAUUACUCUCAUUCUUGAACAAACAGCCAAAUACUAACCUUUGUCUCACUGGAGGAGGCCAUGCCCAUUUGAAGGCCUCCAGAGGCCUUAAAGAUAGUAAUUUGUGGAAGAACGUCACAAAUUCUGCUGAGGGCCUUUUGGUUGAUCUCCUUUCACCCUGUAAAACAAAUUAUUACUUAGGAAUUGUAGUCACUCCUAGGUACUUCCUCAAAUUAGGACUGAACGUUUUAAAUGCUGUUUUAUUAACAGGUGCCUUUUUAAUUUUAUCUAAUUGUCAAUUGUAGUCCUGAACGUUUGUUUUUGGAAUCAAUAAAGAGCUUAUUUUAUUUUUAUUUUGUUAUUGCCUUAUUUUAAAAUACAAUCACAUUCUUGAAUAGAAAAUUACACAAGGAUAAAAUUAAUUAACUUUUUUCCCAAUAUUUUGACUAUCAGAAACGAGAGUUGACUAAGCAAAAUUUCUUCAGCUGGUCAACAUGUACAGCCACCGUCUGAAAAUUAUUUUGGACCCUGGCAAUGUACCUCAUUGAUGUUAAGUGGAUUCCUUCCUAGCUAGUUGGGGAUGUUUAGGGCUUUUUGGGAGCACCUUGGCUAUGUAAAUUGGCUUUUUUGGAUUUUAGAGGAGACCCUUUUGAUGUUAAUUGGAUUCCUUACUUGUAAAUGGAGGACAUUUGGAGGGGACCUAGUUAAUUGAGUUCAGGUGGGGGGCAUUUUGGAGGGGACCUUAUUGGUAUAAUAAAUUUGAUUCCUUCCAAAUGCGGGAAAUCUGGAGGGCACCUUCAGGUGAUUUUAAUUGGAUCAUCCAAUUGGGGGUCGUUUGAGGGGGACCUCAGUGAUGUUCAUUGGAUUCGUUCCACGUGUGGGGCGUUUGGAGGGCACCUUAGACAGGCCUUCUGAUAUUUCGCAGAAAAAAAAGCAAAAUUUCGCGGGAUUUUCAGGGGCAAAUUCGUGGAACAAUCGGCCAAUUUCGCGGAAGAAGUCAAAAUUCGCAGAAAAAUCAGCCGAUUUCACGGGAUUUUAGCGGAAAAAAGUCAUUUUUCGAAAGAAUUUUCAGGGGCAAAUUUUUAGAAAAAUCGGCCGAUUUCACGGGAAAUUUUGGGAGGAAAGUUCGCCAAGAAACAAUCAGUAAAAAACAGCCAAUUUCGCUGGAGUUUUUUUUUUUGGCAAAUUUCGCUAAAAUCGAUCAAUUUUGCGUCUAUAUGACCAGCGUUGGUGAACCUUUUUUUUAACAGGGAUAAUCAUUUGCUUUUUCAACAACAGUUUGCUCGAGAAAUGAGUGAAUGCUAAAGCUAUUAACAUUAUGGUUAGUGCCCAGUUUUUCGCAGCGUUCAUCUAAAAACGCCUGGUAGUUUUGGGACGUUGUUUACUCGUUGCAGUGACGAAGUUUCAAGCUAAAUUUGGAUGUUUGGGGUGAGUAAAACGGGUCUAAUAGCCAAGAUAAGUAUUAAAUAUGUUUUACCGACAUGUAUUUGUAAAUAUUUCUGGCGGGUUUUGCGGUAUUUCACAUUUUUUUGGGAAUUUCGCGGGUCCGCGACCGCGCGAAAUAUCAGAAGCCCUGCUUAGAGGGGACCUUGUUGACUGAGCUUGGAGGGGACCUUUUGUCACAUUACUUGGAUUCCUUCCAGCUGGGGGGGACUUUUGGAAGGAACUUUGGUGUUGUGAAUUGGAUUCCCUCCACGUGGGAGAUGUUUAGAGGGCACCUUGGUGAUUUUAAUUGUAUUUCAUCCAAUUGAGGGACUUUUGGGGAAGACAUUGGCAAUGUUAAUUGAAAUUUUAUCGAAGUUGAGGACUUCAUGGUGAUGUUAAUUGAAUUCCUUUUAACUGGGGAACAUUUGGAAAGCACCUAGCAAGGUCCAUUUCAUUAAUUCCUUUCAAGCAUAGAAUGUUUUGGAGGGGACCUUGAAUUGGUGUUGUCAAGAGGGUUCCUUCCAAGUGGGGGAUGUUUAUAGGCGGGCAGCUUGGUGAUGUUAAUUGGAUUUCAUCCAAUUGGGGGACAUUUAAAGGGCACCUAGGUGAUGUUCAUUACAUUCCUCUCAAGCGGGGCAAGUUUGGAGGUGACCUUGGAGACUAGCAUUGGAUUCCUUAAUUUCAAGUGGGAAAAAGUUGGAGGGGACCUUGAUGAUGAUAAUUGGAUACCUUCCAAGUUGGAGACAUUUUGGAAGGGACCUUGGUCAUUUUAAUUGGAGACCUUUCAAGUGGGGGACAUCUAUAGAGAAGACCUAGUGAUGCUCAUUGGAUUCCUCCCAAUUAGGGGAUGUCUGGAGGGGACCUUGAUCAUGUGAAUUGGAUUCCUUCCAAGUCGGGGGGUCUUUGGAUGGGACCUUGGCGAUGUUCAAGAGGAAGAGGGUUUGAGAAGGCAUUGAUGAUAUUAAUGACAUUCCUUCUAAGUAUAGGGGAGGUCCGUAGGGGGCAUUUUGGAUGCAGUUAAAUGACUCUUGAACUCAGUUAACAGUAAAGAGCUCCAUCACAUGUUAUUAUUCAGCAUUCAGUUCGGUGGUUCAGUCUGCCUUGCUUUCAUCAGGUCCAUGUGCUUGAGACACUGCAUUCAUUCCCAGCCACCUAACCUACACUAAGCGAUGCAUUUGUUCACUUUUAAAUGUAUAGCAUUCUCUCAAAGUGGUUGGUUUGGGGUAAAGUGUGGGAUCUUAAGGGUAACAUGCAUAUUUUUAUUCACUGGUUGCUUUGAAUCUGUUUAAGGUCAAUGGACGAGACAUACGCAAGGCUUCACAUGAUGAGGCAGUAAGUGUCACAUUUUACACUACUCUGUUACUCUAGGACAGGGCUGUCAUUAAGGUUUUAAGUAGCUGGUCUCUCAGGGAAAGUUAAGCUGGUUAUUUAUGUUACAAAUCCUCCUAUCUUUGUUGUGUCUGACUCAUUUUGAAACUUAAUUUAAGAUAGCUGCUGAUUUUACUGCAGCAGCCCAAGACAAGGUUCACACAGUCUUGAAAAGUCCUUCUAUUUUUCCAUGAAAAGUCCUUAAAUUUCUGUGCAAGUCCUUGAAAGGUCCUUGAAUUUUCUUCAACUUUGAAUGUAGGGCCCUGGAAAGUGUUUUUUAUAUCUUUUUGGUUAUCCAACAUAAGUCAUAGCUCAGAGAAGUUAAAGGUGAUUUACACUAAGUGUUUUUGUUUUAUGUAAGAAUUGAGUAUCAAUAUUUAAGACAGUAAGUGUACUGAAAAAUGUAGAUACAUUGGUGGGGCAAAUAGUUAAAGCCAUUAAGUCCUGUUACAAUCCAUGGACUGGGAAUGUGCAUUUUUUUACAAUCUGGGAAAUUACCUUCCUGGUAGGUGCAUGCUCCUUGAAAAGUCGUUAAAAAAAUAGUUGAAAUUUUUUGUAUGAGCCCUGUAAGAGGCCUGAAUUUGAUCCAUAUUUGCAGGUGGGAGAGGGCUUGCCACCAGACCUGCUCAAAGGAUGGGGUCCUUUAAGUAAUUCCUUAGAAGGAAUAAUUAUGGAUGUCCACUUACAUUGUUCUGGCUCAAACUCUUUUUGAAGCUACUUAGUAACUUACUGGCUUUUGUUGCAUUCUUAUCAACAGGUUGCAGCACUAAAAAAAGGAGGAUCAACUGUUGAAUUGAAAGUCAUUCACUCUUCAGCAGGCUCUCAAGGUACUGAAGCUCUAAGAUCAUGGAAACCAAGGGUUGCCAGGGAUGCAGGAUUUUGUAUGAAGCUAGCAGUUAGGGGUCCAAAUUGUGCAUUAUAUUGAUAAUAAACAUUUUACAGUCCUCCUUUCCACCACAAAUGCUUAACUCAUCUACAUACAUCCUUUAAUUAUAACCCUGCAAUGGUAGCUGUUUGAGUGUCAAAACCAAAAAAUCAGGGUUCUGAAAAAGAGCUGGUGGCUGGCAAAAUUCACCGGCUAAUUCACAUAAACUUUCUACCUACUUUUCUUUGGAAAUUACCCCCCCCCCCCCCUCCUCUUUAAAGGCCAAAAUUUAGCAAUGUCUUUGUUCUGUUCAGACAUUCUAAUUUUUGCUCCAGAAUGCUGGAAAUGCACUCUAAGAGGCCCUGAUUUCAAAAUUAUUUUUUUUGGCCCCUGGAUCCCCCUUAUCAACACUUGCAAGUGUGAGUUUUUUCCUUCUCUACCUACUCCAAAGCUUUUGCCAGCUUAAUAAAAACCUUAUUGAAAACCCUGAAAAAAUCAUUGACCUAGCUUUUAAGUCCACUGAAUGACCAAAAUCAACAGGUUAUGAGAAUUAAUAUGAUGAUCUGAUUUCAGAUGUCUGAUGUCAGACGUCUGAUUUCAGGUGUCUGUUUUCAGACGUCUGAUCUCAGGUGUUUGAUAUCAGACGUCUGAUGUCAAGUUCUGUUAUCAGACAUCUGAUUUCAGAUUUCUGAUAUCAGACGUCUGAUGUCAGGUGGCUGAUUUCAGACCUCUGUUGUCAGACGUCUGAUUUCAGGUGUUUGAUAUCAGACGUCUAAUGUCUGGGUUUGUUAUCAAAUGUCUGAUGUCAGGUGUCUGUUGUCAGAUGUCUAAUGUCAGACGUCUGAUUUCAGGUGUUUGAUAUCAGACGUCUGAUAUCAGGUGUCUGUUGUCAGACGUUUGAUUUUAGAUGUCUGAUGUAAGACGUCUGAUUUCAGGUGUCUGUCUUCAGAUGUCUGUUGUCAGAUGUCUGAUCUCAGGUGUUUGAUAUCAGAUGUCUGAUGUCAAGUUCUGUUAUCAGACGUCUGAUGUCAGGUUCUGUUAUCAGACGUCUGAUGUCAGGAAUCUGUUGUCAGACAUCUGAUUUCAGAUGUCUCAUGUCAGACGUCUGAUUCCAGGUGUUUGAUAUCAGACGUCUGAUGUCAGGUGUUUGAUAUCAGACGUCUGAUGGUGUCAGACGUUUGAUUUUAAAUGUCUGAUGUCAGAUGUCUGAUUUCAGACAACUAAUUUUAAUUGUCUGAAUCAGAUAUAGGUUGUCAGACGUCUGAUGGCUGAUGUCAGAUGUCUGAUGUCAGCUGUCUGAUGUCAGACGUCUGUUUUCAGACGUCAAAUUUCAGAUGUCUGAUGUCAGACGUCUGAUGUCAGGUGUCUGACAACAGACACCUGACAUCAGAAGUCUGAUAACAGAACUGUCUGUUGUCAAAUGUCUGAUUUCAUAUGUCUGAUGUCAGACGUCUGAUUUCAGGUGUCUGUUUUCAGACAUCUGAUGUCAAGUUCUGUUAUCAGACGUGUGAUGUCAGGUGUCUGAUAUCAGUUGUCUGAUGUCAGGUUUUGUUAUCAGACGUCUGAUGUCAGGUGUCUGUUAUCAGAUGUCUGAUGUCAGGUGUCUGAUAUCAGACGUCUUAUGUCAGAUGUCGGAAUUCAGAUGUCUGAUUUCAGGCGUUUGAUAUCAGACGUCUGAGAUCAGGUGUCUGUUGUCAGAAGUCUGAUUUUAGAUGUCUGUUCUCAGACGUCUAAAUUUUAGAUGUGUUAUCUCAGACGUCUGAUCUCAGGUGUUUGAUAUCAGACGUCUGAUGUCAAGUUCUGUCAUUAGACGUCUGAUGUCAGGUGUCCAAUAUCAGUUGUCUGAUGUCAGGUUCUGUUAUCAGACAUGUGAUGUCAGAUGUCUGUUGUCAGACGUCUGAUUUCAGAUGUCUGGUGUCAGACGUCUGAUUUCAGGUGUUUGAUAUCAGACAUCUGAUGUAAGGUGUGUGUUAUCAGACGUCUGAUGUCAAGUUCUGUUAUCAGACGUCUGAUGUCAGAUGUCUGUUUUGAGACAUCUGUUGUCAGAUGUCUGAUUUCAUUUGUUUGAUAUCAGACGUCUGAUAUCAGGUGUCUGUUGUCAGACGUCUGAUUUUAGAUGUCUGAUGUCAGACGUCUGAUUUUAGAUGUGUUAUGUCAGACAUCUGAUUUCAGGUGUCUGUUCUUAGACUUCUGAUUUCAGGUGACUGAUUUCAGACGUCUGUUGUCAGACUACUGAUUUCAGGUGUUUGAAAUCAGACGUCUGAUAUCAGGUCAGAUUGUCAGACGUCUGAUUUUAGAUGUCUGAUGUCAGACCUCUGAUUUCAGAUGCCUAAUUUUAAAUGUCUGAAUCGGAUGUAGGUUGUCAGACGUCUGAUGUAAGAUGUCUGAUGUCAGGUGUCUGAUGUCAGACGUCUGAUGUCAGGUGUCUGAUGUCAGACAUCUGAUCUCAGGUGUCUCAUUUCAGAUGUUUGAUGUCAGACGUCUGAUGUCAAGUGUUUGAUUUCAGAUGUGUGUUGUCAGACAUCUGUUGUCAGAUGUCUGAUAUGAGGUGUUUGACAUCAGACGUUUGAUGUCAGGUUGUGUUGUCAGAUGACUGAUUUUAGAUGUCUGGUUUUAGUUGUCUGAUGUCAGAUGUGUGAUGUCAGUUGUCUGUUGUCAGACGUCUGAUUUCAGUCACCUAAUUUUAAAUGUCAGAAUCAGAUGCAGGUUGUCAGAUGUCUGAUUUCAGAUGUCUAAUGUCAGAUGUCUGAUGUCAGCUUUCUGAUGUCAGAGGUCUGAUGCCAGACAUCUGAUGUCAGGUGUCUGAUAUAGAUAGAUAGAUCUUCGAUCUUCUAUGAUCUUCGAUGCCUAUUUAGGCGCAGUUGAAUAUUUUUACAGAAACUGCAUGGUGCAAAUUUUUAAAAAUAAUAAUAAUGAUAAUGAACACCCUGAGACUUGUAGGAAAUGCGUUGAGAUCAAUCGGGAGGAUUUAUAUGUUGCUAUUGUGACUUAGGGGGCUCUGAUCCUAUCCCUCUGCAAGUCCCUCUCCUUGGGUUUUUCACUGAGACGUGAGGCCUGUACACACUAACUUGCACAUUAACAUGUAUCAUACUAUCACCUGGUACAAUCAGACCAAGGCUAAUAAUACAAUUAAUAAUAGUGCUCAGGAUAACUAAGGCUUUAUUAAUUUUUGCAUUUUACAGAAUUAAAAAUGCUGAAAUGGAAUCCCAGCUAUUCAAAUAAUUAUUCUGCAAGAAAAUUGAAUUUCUUUACAAAAAAUUGGGACUUCCAAGAUUUUGGGGUGAAAAGUGCAAUGUGUGGUGUAUGACUGUUGCAUGCUUUUACUAUGCACGAUGAAUAGGCAAACUUAAAUGUAAGAGAAGGUCCAAUUAUCUCUUCCUUAAGCUUCCAGUGCAUAAUGAACUUGAGCAUGAUGUAUGCAACCAUUUUUGUGGUUCCUAUGUGACCCUGGUAAAUGUCCAUUGCAUUGUGGCUUCUUUUUUGCCAAUCUACUUACAUCUGAGUCAAAAAUGCCUUUUUUGUUUUAGAUGCCGAUACGACCGUUACGUCUGGUACUGCAACAGAAGCAACCCCAUCAGCAGCUACAUCUAAACAAGGUAAGCAUUAAAUUGCUUAAAGGAUAUGUCUCUGAAAGGCUGAGAUUGGUGCAAAAAAAACUCUUGUAUGCCAGUGCCUCAUUUGUAAAUUUUCAGUAUACCCCUAAACUAUGGCUUGAAUUGCAGCACUCAGUGUAUUUGUUGUUAUGAGAUAAGUGUCAUCUACUUGGAUUUAAAAAAUACACAAAGAAAGAAUGUUCCAAGCAUUGAAUGAAGGGGUGGUAAAUCAGGACUUUGUGGAAGGGACACUAUUUUAUGCCUCAAAUGUGGAGAUCUUUCAAUGAUCUUUUUGUGAUGAGCAAUUAAGACAAAUCAAUCAAAUACCAAGCAUUAAAUGGCAAUCAAAAGACAUCUAAGUGUUGUCAUAUAUAUAUACAGCAGCACUAUUGGUAAUCCUUAUGUGGGUGUAUGAUGUCAUGCAAUUCAUUUUUACAUGAUUACAGCAAAUGGAAUUGUUAGAGGUAUUGAUGAGUCUUCAAGUGAUGCUGAAUUUAAAGAAAGUAGUAGUCAAAAGGUAAUUUUUUUUUUCAGAUCAUCUGAGCUUGAAACUGCAAUAAGUGUUUUAAUUUUUAAAUUUUAUGUUAUGGAUGUUUGACAUCAGAUUUUUUCGCUGUUGUUUGAACUGAAGAGCAGACCUUGAAGACAAGUUGCAAUAAUCUGAAUGCAUGUUAUUUGUCAUAAGUAAUCUCGUCACAAACUAGUGUUUACAACUGUUUCAGAUAACAUAUGACCUAUGGUAGGAUUUUGGGUUUUUCUGUGAUGUCAAUCAAAAAUACAGCCCUUUAUCUCCAUAAUUAUAGUUUGCAAAAGCCUUCAUCAUGCUGGAGAAAUUCUGAAGGGUAAGGGUAGAAACCAAACUGAAAGUCUUUUUGACAAGCAAGGAUUGAAUGCCAUGGUAAAGGUUAUGAAUGACAAAAAACCAAACAUCUUAAGCAUGGCAGGGCUGUCACUAAGAUUUCAAAUUGUCAGGUAUUUGCAAUAAGUAGGUGGGGAAAUUAAUAGCUAAGGAGUUCUUUUGGUCUCAUUUUCCUUUUCUUUCCUAUGAAAAUAGCCCAGGGUCAUGCUCAUUGUACCCCGGGGGAAAUCCCCGGCCCCCAGCCCUUAGUGACAGCCCUGUUAAGAGUUUCUGACAUUGCGGUGUGUGUUAUCCAAAACUAUGUCAUUUUUUAAUUUCGAUUGGUGUGACAUAAGAUGUUUUUUUACUGCUGUUUAAAAAGAGCAGACCUUGAUGACUAGUUGCAUAAUGUGAGUGCAUGCUCUUUGAACAAUAUGUAAUCGGAUUUAUACAAACUAGUGUGUGGUACCAUGAUGAAUAUUUCUAUUCUCACAGUCUUCUGAAGUUGGAGAAACAGACUCCAACUCUUCUCUUCAUAGCUGGUCAGACAACAUUGUGCUUCCACUGACCUUUGCGUCAGUAUCCAGAUACAAGACAGGGGAGGAUUCUCUUAGGUUAGCUAAUGGAGAUAAUAGCUAGGCUGAUUUAGCAAUAGAACAGAAACGUCAGUUUACUAUGGCACGCGCAACUGAAACAAUUGGCUUGACCAAUGGCAGAGCGGUAAAUUGGGCACUGGAAGUCGCGCUUAGUCCUUUCUUCGCGCUUUCCCGUCGUCAACUGACAUUCCCAUUCUGUUGCUAAAUCAGCCUAAUGAUGAUGAAAAAGCAGAGAUAUGUGCAUGAGUGACCAGGGGGCCUAAUUAUGGUGGUAAUAAUGACAUGGCAGUAAUGUAAUAUUUGUGUUGACUUUUAUUAAGAAUUUGUUGUUCCAGAAAACAUCCUUACCCAGUACCCCAUGGAGGGUAUUUAGAAAUGGGAUGUGGAGGGGUUCUUAAAGGCCAAAAUUUUUUUUACGGGAAAAUAUGAAGCUUAACUAGAAUUUCCAAAAGAGUGGGGUUGUUCUUUGGGAAGAGUAUAAAAUAUUUUUGGAAACAAUGCAAUUUAAUUGUUCCAAAAUUUAGAUGUCUUAAAAGCAAGAAGUACUGUUUCAUCUGAUACAUACUGUUGUCUAAACUGGAUCAUAUUUGCUAUUUUGUUACAGGAACAAUGCAUUUGAGGUCAGUUCAAUGGAUGGUGGAGCCUCAGUAGUUCUUUACAGUGAAAAUAAAGGAGAACUGUUGUCAUGGUAUUCUGCCAUCAAGGAUAGAGUAGUCAUGCUUCUUGAACAGUCAGUAAGUGACUCAUAAAUUGAUCACUGGCCACGGGAUACUUAAGUGAUUUUUGGGUGGGGGUGUGCCGCUGGGACCCUGGAACCCUUAGCCUAUACCAGACCUAGGGUGCUUUCCAUUUGUCAGAACUGACUGAGCAGACCAUUCCCGUCUUAAUAAGAAUUUCGCUUUUAAUCAAAACUAUCCAGCCAGAUCAGUCAAAUCCUAAACAGUGUACGGGAAGAAGGUGGUUUUUCAGCAAAAACCCUUGGAAAAAGCCAAUUUCAUUUGCUAACUGACUGGUCUGGUAUUUGUCCGGCCGGCCAGUUCUGACAAAUGGAAAGCGCCCCUAGUUCAGCUGAAUUUUGCUAACCUGUACUAGACUAAACUCCCCAAGUCCAGCCCUAUCUUAGAGUAGCUUUCAGGCUGAGUUGCCUAAAUUUAAACUUGUCUUUUUUGAUUUGUUGUAUUAUUGAGUGGUUAUUCCCGGUUUCCCUAGUCUAGACUAAAAUCUUCAACCAGCUGAUCAGUUUCCCGGGAAAUGAUACCCUAUUAUAGACCUUAACUCUCCUGAUCAUAUACCCUAUCCUAGAGCAAACUGCUUGAAAACCAUACCCUUCACAGUGGCACAUACCUAUAUUAAUAUAUAACCCAUAUAUGGCAGUACCCCUCCUGGCGCAGGAUUAGUGGUUGAAGUAAGUUGUUCUGGUGAAUUACAGUGUGGAACCUGGCCUUAUGACCACCUCGUUUAUAAGACCGUAUUCUUUCGACCCAAACGUAAAAAACACUGAGUCAUUUGUUUAUUUUGAAGAACCGUUAAUGCGACCACCUCGUUAUUACAAACAGGAUUUUAUGGCCCAACUAUGGUUACAUUAACGGGGUUCCACUGUACUACUCUGCUAAGCUAGACCAGGUCUGACAACUGUAAAACACUAACACUUAAGUCAUGCAGCGCUCCCCUGAAGUUGUUUAACAAGACACAUUAUUUUAAAUAACAUAGUCUGUGACAGUUACUCAAAGAGUUUCAGAUUAAAUGGGUUGAAAAUUUUGUUUCAUUUAAUCUAACUGAAGAAGGUUAUUCUGGAUAAUUAUACGUUUCUGGGAAACUGCCCACCUACCCCUCCCUUAAGGUGGCUCCGUAAUUAAUACAAGAGCAUUUUGCUGUGACAAAUUUUCCGUCAUAACUUUUUGGUUCUUAAUGCGAUGCCUGCGAAACUUUGCAAAGAACAACAGAUACCAUUCGGCAAUAAUACGGAUUUGUUGUAUUAUUGAGUGGUUAUUCCCGGUUUCCCUAGUCUAGACUAAAAUCUUCAACCAACUGAUCAGUUUCCUGGAAAAUGAUGCCCUAUUCUUGACCCAAACGCUCUGGUUUAUAUACCCUAUCCUAGAGUAAACUGCUUGAAAACCAUACCCUUACAGCAGCACAUACUCUUACAGCACAUACAAUUCUGGUGAAUUACAGUGGAACCUGGCCUUACGACCACUUCGUUUAUAAGACCGUAUUCUUUCGACCCAAACGUAAAAAACACUGAGUCAUCUUUUUAUUUUGAAGACCCCAUUAAUGCGACCACCUUAUUAUUACGAUCAGGAUUUUAUGGCCCAACUAUGGUCACAUUAACGGGGUUCCACUGUACUACUCUGCUAAGGUAGCUCUACCAGGUCUGACAACUGUAAAACACUAACACUAAAGUCAGCACCCCCCUUAACUUGUUUAACGAGGCACAUUAUAAUAACAUAGUCUGUGACAGUUACUCAAAGAGUUUGAGAUUAAAUGUGUUGAAAAUUUUGUUUCAUUUAAUCUAACUGAAGACUGUUAUUCUGGAUCAUUAUACGUUUCUGGGAAACUGCCCACCUACCCCUCCCUUAAGCCAACAUCAACACUUACUUCUCACUUAGGGCAAAAUGUUGGCUUAGGGGAGGGGUAGGUGGGCAGUUUACCAGAAACAAUUAUUCUUUUGCAUACAGUCGUCUCUCUUAAGACAGCUAUGAGAUGGUUACCCUCAAAAAAUGGCAUCUGGAGUUAGUCCCUUUCUUCAGUCAUUUUCUUUGAAUCCCUGUGGGGCAGACACCUGUUGAAAAUGGAAACUUAGAAUUGGAGGUUGUUUCGUCCUCUUUUGUCUUGUUCUGUGACUGUAAUCUGUCUUUCUCUCGCUUUGUGGCUAAGCUUUGGAAUGAGAUACACUGUCACAUCUGACAUCUCCCUAAGAAUAAAUUCAAAAACACACUCCGCUUCAAACACUUGAGCCCACAAUACAGUUAUUUCACACUGGUCAGCGGAUACCUUUUUGAUAGCUGUCAAUUGACCAUAACACGGAUGUCCAUAAGGAUGACCACUAUCAAGUUAAACACAGAUUGUAUAUGCCUUGGACACCGAGCUUGUAAUGUCUGGUCAUUACAAGAAAAUCUUGCUCAUUUAGCAGCCAAUCAGAGUGAGCGCGCCAUUGUAGCCAUAUAAUAAUUGUGUUGUAUUGUUUCUUUGUUUUAGAUGAAUCUCUCAAAUUCGUCAUUGCCAGUUUCUGAGCAGGUCAGUCAUUUGCACUGUUAUUGUGUUGCAAAAAAUUAUAACUAAGCUAGAACUGGAAGAAACACUAACUGCCAGAAGAACCAUACAUGUCCACCUGUCAUCUCACUCACCUGGACCCACCUUUUGUAUGACUGCUGCCCCUGGUUUGUUUAAAAAAUUGAGUACCAGAAUUCAGAGUAGUAGGUCUAUUUCGGCCAGACCAACACUAAGAGUGUUCAAAUAACUGAGGAGUAGAUAUUGCUUAAUUGUUUGAUCUCUGCACGUAGUUAGAUCUUUUAGUCUUCUUGGAUAAAGACGAAAAACCAUAGGCCCAAUCCUACAGCACUUUCACUCAUGUGGCUCUUGUGCAAUUUAAAUGAUUCUUGUCCCUUGAAAUGCUGAGUGACUAACAUCAGUUUUCUCCUAACAAUAGCCAUACAUGAUGAUCACGAUCACCGAAGGGGAAAUUCUUUGAUCCUGUAACAAAUUCUUUCAAAUAAUUGUUCAAGGAAAUUAUGGACGUCAGUGUGGAGAAUUUGCAUGUGGAUAUUGAACCUUAAAGCCCUGGCCUCAAUUGUUCAAAGAUCGACCAGAUAAUUAAUCUCUAUCCAGUGCAUAGUGCAAUUAGUUUUCCUAAUACUAAUCUGCUGGAUUGUGAUUUAUCCAGUGGAUAGCUCUAUCCAACGUUUAAACAACUGGGGCCUUGUUAAAUCAACAAAAUUUCUUUUCCUAGAAAAAAAUGAGCGGUUGACACAUGCCCAUAGGCAACAUUGCGUGUAACAAUUUGAGGCAUUUGUGCAACCUUUUAUACAUGACUGUUAAAGGAAGUGGAUUUCCAACUACAGUUUUAAUUAAAUGAUAUUAAUUUUUUUGUUGUAUUUAUUUCAGGUUGUAUAUAUGGGCUGGGUAUGGGAAAGAAUGAAAUCUACAAACCACUGGAACGUCUGGAAAAGAAAGUUUCUAACACUCAAAGGCUCAGAGCUUCAGAUAUUCAAUAUGCCACCAGUAAGUACAUGUAAAUUGUAUUGAUUUGAUCUCUAAAUGUUUACAGUUGAACCUCCAUUAACCCUUUCAUCCUUUAAGACCUAAGAGUGAUCAGCAUCAAAUUUCUCUUUGUAAUAUCAAUGCUUUGUGAAACAGUGGUCGUGAGAAUUAUGGACAUGAUCAGACAAGAUGAAUUUGCUUGAUAUUUUAUCAACUUCUCCCCACUACGUCUGUAGGAAAUGAAUAAAAGCAACAAAUGAGAAUUCAAAUUUUGAUCUUGGGGUUUAAAGGGUUAAGUCCCAAGAGUGGCAAACAGCCGGGGGUGGGAGGUACUCCCUCUGGAAUAGUGGAGUUGUGAACCAACAUGGCCGGCUUUUAACAGCUGCAAUUGUAGUCCUGUUUGGUCCUUGUCUCCCCUUUACAAAAACAUCCAAACAUAUGUAAGGGUAUUUUGUUCACGUUGCUUGCCAAUAUAAUGAAACACUGACCAAAAAAACCCUUUUUUGCUUCAAAUUGUUGCUAGUCACUUCUGUGAGAUAUAACGCUCACCUCCCUCUCCCCUCCCCUCCCCUCCAUUCAAAGCUGUUUCUCCAGGUUUGAGCAUGGUCUUGUUUGAGGUGGGGGGUACACAAGCACAUGAUCAUGAACAGGCCAUUUAAGCCCAAAUAAGGUUAAUUGUGUCAUUAUUUUUUAGCAAUGGUUGUAACAUCCGAAACGUUUCUGAGUUAUGAAUGGGAAAGAAAUGUGACCUUUCGAACGUUUCACCUUUUUUACUUGUUAAAGUGGACAGGUUCACAUGUUUCCAACCCCUUUUUAGGUUAUUGCAAGAGAUUGGCUCCAGAGUGAAAUUUCAUACAGUGUGAUGGAAUUAGUAUGUCACACUUGCAGGGUAGGUAAAAUAGUUUUCUGUGUUUUUUUGCCAAGUAAAUCACCAGAAAAUUAGACCCGACAGGCGUAAUUGUUUGUGUUAAUUAGUCGUUAAAAUACUUUAUGAAUCUCUUCACAGGAUGAUGAGAUACUUGAUAAACGAGAAUUUUGCUUUUGCAUUCAGUCCAGCUCUGGAGAUAGCCAUUACCUUGGCGUGGGUAAGUCAAAAGUCAUGAUUCAAGGAAGCUCCAAAGUUCCCCUCUUUUCCAGUUAAUAGGCCCUUUGCAUCUGGGGUCACGUGAUCAAAUCUUUCCUUAAAAAAAUCUACAUUAUGGGCUAUUACUUAAAGAAUGCCAGAGAUGGAAAGAGCAUAUCGAAAAUACCAAAAUGGCCAAGUUUGGGCCCCUGGGAUUACAGAGUACUGUUAUACAGCAGUUUGAACUUUCGGAAAAUUCAGAGGAUUUGUAUGAAAAAUGUUGCGUGAGAGCAAGGCCUUGCUCUCUAACAAAUCUUCUUAUUUUUCAAAAAAUUCAGACUGUCAUAAAAUCUCAUUCUUGAAUGAUGGGGGUCUCAAACUUGGCCUUUUUGAUAUUUUCGACAUGCUUUUUCCACUUCUGAAAUUUGCUAAGUUAUAGCCCAUAAUUUUAUGAAAAGUAGGUCACAUUAUGACUUAGCUGCAAAGGGCCUAUUUCUAAGCACUCGCUUUGAUUUAAGGAUAUAAUGACCAGGUUAAGGCGGAAGGCAGUUUCUUUUGUUAAGAGGCAAUAUGCAGAACCCUAAUAAGUAAUGCACUGACAGAAUGAAGACAAUGCAUUUAUAGUUCAAUUUUUUUCUUCAUUUUAAGUCCUUGUGAAAUAAUGUAGCUUGUCGUAUCAAAGCGUUUGGGUAUAAUGAGGGGGUGAACUUGCAUCUAUGCUUGGAUUGCAGACACAGAGUCCGACUUGACCGAGAUUGUAAAUCGAGUUCAGAAGUCCACUCAUGAAGCUGUCAUACGAGUAGAGGUAUAGAACAGAAUUAAGGGACUUGUUUGUAAUGUUAGUUAUAUUUACUACAAUAGAGAGGAGAGGUGUGACAUCCCGUUACCAUGGUAGCAAAAUUUCUGUAUCACAACAAUAGGUAGUCGAGUUUUGCAACGGCAACGGAAAACAGCAAAAAAGCAAUAGGUUUAGAUUGGCAAAAGAGCACGUGCAUCACGCUUUUUUCUACAUUUCUUAGCCGUUGUUGCACGACUGCGCCCGCUUUAUGGAGUCGGUGAGCAUAAGACAAAAAUUUUCUUUUUCUUUUUCUAAACUUAGAUACGGUCCUUUCAGAUUCAACCCAGAAAAUUUCGCCAUCAUUUGACAAAUUAAAUGAAAUUAAAUAAGAUCGAUGAAGUUGAAACAGUGCGAAUCCACUUUUUAAGUGACGGUUUGACUUGUUGUCAUCCAAAAUUUUGCUACCAUGGCAACGUGACGUAACGACUUCUCCUCUAAUAACAAGCGACUUGAAAUGUGCUUAGACUGCAACAAGUCUUCGAAACAGUUGUAAUGUCAAUUUUCUUUGUCUUUCCAGUCACGAUCAUUUCCCGGUAAAUGGCGUGGUCAGAGUGUCAAGCUUGUGUUCGACCUAAAGAGAGGCUUAAGGCUUUACAGUUCUACAGACAGGGUUUGUAUCUUUGUAUGCNAAGCUGUCAUACGAGUAGAGGUAUAGAACAGAAUUAAGGGACUUGUUUGUAAUGUUAGUUAUAUUUACUACAAUAGAGAGGAGAGGUGUGACGUCGCGUUACCAUGGUAGCAAAAUUUCUGUAUCACAACAAUAGGUAGUCGAGUUUUGCAACGGCAACGGAAAACAGCAAAAAAGCAGUAGGUUUAGAUUGGCAAAAGAGCACGUGCAUCACGCUUUUUUCUAUAUUUCUUAGCCGUUGUUGCACGACUGCGCCCGCUUUAUGGAGUCGGUGAGCAUAAGACAAAAAUUUUCUUUUUCUUUUUCUAAACUUAGAUACGGUCCUUUCAGAUUCAACCCAGAAAAUUUCGCCAUCAUUUGACAAAUUAAAUGAAAUUAAAUAAGAUCGAUGAAGUUGAAACAGUGCGAAUCCACUUUUUAAGUGACGGUUUGACUUGUUGUCAUCCAAAAUUUUGCUACCAUGGCAACGUGACGUAACGACUUCUCCUCUAAUAACAAGCGACUUGAAAUGUGCUUAGACUGCAACAAGUCUUCGAAACAGUUGUAAUGUCAAUUUUCUUUGUCUUUCCAGUCACGAUCAUUUCCCGGUAAAUGGCGUGGUCAGAGUGUCAAGCUUGUGUUCGACCUAAAGAGAGGCUUAAGGCUUUACAGUUCUACAGACAGGGUUUGUAUCUUUGUAUGCCACUUCCUACAACUUAUGCGAAAUAUUAUAAAUGGCUGUGUAGUAGGGGAAAAGGCUGUAUAAUUCUGAAUAUCGCCCAAUAUUCAAGGCACGAUCGAGUUUUGGUCAAUGCUCGACAACAUAGGAGUUAUACUUGACAAAGUUGCGGGACCCAAUUUAUUUUUCAAGUUGCAAUUCGUUUUCUAUCCGGACCGUCGUCGUCGUCGUUGUUGUUGUUGUUGUUGUUUUUGUAAGCCAAAGACAUGCUCUGACAGUUAACCCUUUAGCGCUAAGAGUGAUCAGAAUGAAAUGUCUCCUUGUAAUAUCAGUGCUUUAUAAAACAGAGUAGUGAUGAGAAUUAAGGAGAUGAUCACACAAGGUGAAUUCAAUCGAUGCUUUAUCAACUUCCUCCAAAUACUUCUGUAGGAAAUUUAUACAGGCAACAAUGAGAAGAGAAAUUUUGAUGUUAGGGUUUAAAGGGUUAAGUUAUGAUUUAGAAGAGAAAUUUUAUAAAACUGAAACACUUUUUCAAGGUUUUCUUUGAGUUUUUAGGGUUUUAAAGUAAUACCAAAAAAUGUGACAUAGAACCUUUAAUUUGCGUACAUAAAGGUGAUGAUCUUUCGUGUGUUAAAAUGUUUAGACAUUUACAGUCUUCUCGAAUAUGGACGAAAACAUAUCGUAUCUGUUAUGGGUUUUGGGAGUGGCUCGGGAAGAUACCCGGCAUCAUACCCGCUGAAUCACGAACCUGUACACCCCCAUUGCGAAAGCCUGUUCAUAGUAAAGCUGAUAAGUAGUUCUGCAAGCAAAACAAUAAUAUCGUAUUCGCUCUCUUCUAGUCUCUACUAUGGCAAUACCGUUUUUCCUUUCUUCGCGGGUCGUCUGACGAUGGUUAUCAUAAAAUUGUGUUGUUAUUUUCCUCAUCUCCUGCUGGGCCGUUUGACAGACAGGUAAGGCUUUCUAUUCUUUCUUUGCCCUUUCAAUACAAAAGUGUAAAAAAUCCAGAAACAUAAGUACCCCUCUUUUAAUGUGGCAAAAUACUGAGAAGCAAAAAAGUGUGAAGGUAACAAAGGUGAAGCUUGGAAGUGCACUUAGCUUUUCUCUCUAGAUAACUCCACUUAUUUGAUUAAUUAGAAACAAAUAAUUCAAAUAGAACUUAAGAGGAUUAUAAACUUCAACUGGCAGAAGGCAAGCGGUUUGUUAUUUACAAACCUGGCGGAGGAUUUGAACUUUAGACGACCGAUAAACAAAUCCAGCUAGUGGUCGGAGUGGAACUUAAACUCUGAACCGCCGGAUCCAAUCACAUUACAUGUUAUCCACGUUUUACCACAGGUUCUCUGAACUUCUCGCAGACCUAUUGUAGCACUUAGCGUGAACUCAUGCCAUCCAGUUACGCGUUUGAAGCAAAUUUUUAUGAAUUAAAGUGAUCCUCGAAUUGCGCGCGUUCCUGUCGGUGACGUAACACGCGAUCUUCUGGAAAAUCAUAGUGCGCUCAUUUCUUGGGCGCCCUUUUAAACGAGACAAAGCACGCGGGGUAACUCACCUGUACGAGCUUGCCAAACGUUUGGAACUUUGAACGAAAAAGCAUUUGAUUUCACUAGUCCUUUUGAAAAUGUUCUCGUGCUUAUGUAUAGCUUAGCAAUGCACUUGGCGUACCUGAACUAGUGUUACUAUGGCCCAGUGACUACAGCUGUAACAACAACCUUUUUUGCGUUGUAUUUCAGGAGUUAGAGUUCACCAACAUGCAGCAAGUCCUGACCGUGAUGCAUGCUUUCUAUGCUGCGAAAGUUGCACAAGUUGACCCUUCCUUUUCUUUUGACAACAGCUUUUAACCAUCCAACAACGGCAGAUAUUUAGUUUCUUUCUGUCAGUCUGUCAGUUGAACACAAGGCCCCGGUUGUUCAAACGUUGGAUAGCGCUAUCUACCGGAUAAAUCGCUACCCAAUGGAAAAGUAUUACGAAAACUAAU